AGACGAGCAACAGAUCCGAGCGCAUGCGCACUUCAUUGUUUUGACUGAAAAUGCCGUCGGUUUCGAAAACGGCGGCCAAUGCGUCUCCUCAAACCGAGAAACCUACCCACUAUACAUACUUGAAGGAGUUCAGGACGGAGCAGUGCCCGUUGUUCCUCCAGCACAAGUGUACGCAGCACAGACCCUUUACUUGCUUUCACUGGCAUUUCCUAAACCAGCGACGAAGGCGACCCAUCAGGAGAAGAGACGGGACUUUUAACUACAGUCCCGACGUGUACUGCACGAAAUACGAUGAGACCACAGGCAUCUGCCCAGAUGGAGAUGACUGCCCAUAUUUACACCGCACCACUGGUGACACAGAGCGCAAGUACCAUCUACGAUAUUACAAGACUGGCACUUGUAUCCAUGAGACGGACGCUCGAGGGCAUUGUGUGAAGAAUGGCCUCCACUGUGCUUUUGCUCACGGACCACAUGAUCUCCGACCUCCGGUCUACGAUAUCAGAGAGAUACAAGCACAAGAGGCCCUGCAGAAUGGCCAGUUGGGAUCUGGGGAAGGCAUCCCUGACCUGCAGCCUGGUGUACUGGCCAGCCAGGCUAUGAUUGAGAAAACUCUGACUGAAGAUCCCCGAUGGAAAGAUACCAACUUUGUUUUAGCCAAUUAUAAAACAGAUCAGUGUACUAAGCCACCAAGACUAUGCAGACAGGGCUACGCGUGUCCCCAUUACCACAAUAGUAGGGAUCGGAGGCGAAAUCCACGGAAGUUUAAGUACAGGUCAACUCCUUGCCCUAACGUGAAACAUGGUGAUGAGUGGGGUGAGCCAUCAAAGUGUGACAGUGCAGACAGUUGCCAGUAUUGUCACUCUCGUACUGAACAGCAGUUUCACCCAGAGAUCUACAAAUCCACCAAAUGCAACGAUAAACGGCAAACAGGAUAUUGUCCUAGAGGACCAUUUUGUGCAUUUGCACAUGUAGAAAGAAUUCCUUCUACAGAAGAGACCAUGAACUCAUUGCUGUCGGCAAUACAUUCAAGUUCACAGUCCCACCUGGGCUCCCAGCAGUUUUCUGAGUGUCCAAUCUCUGAGUGGAACAGUGGAGCUCACCCCAGCACCAACGCAACCAGUAGCAACGGACAAGUAGGACAUGUUUCAUGUUCUAGUAACUCCACUGUAACACCAAGCUCAGGAAGCGACAGUUUGUUAUCCCCAGUGGGAUCCAUCAGCAGGCCAAUACCCCUAACUAAUACUAGUUUAUGUUCAGAGUCCGCCACAUCCAGUGUCUUCCCCCUGACGCCUAACUAUCCCAAAGCUCCCGGCUUUGAACGUGAGGAUCAGAUUAAGAGCAAGGGACACAUGGAUCACAAAUUGAUGGACCAAGACAAGCAGACACAAAACACUGUAUUCUCUGUGGGGAACCCUUUGGCAUCAAGUUUUACCUCCAGCAUAACAUCCAGCUUGGCCUCUAGUAUUGGCUCGGACAGCUCUUCACCCACCACCUUAUCAACAAUGAAUGCAAAAGCUACUCCAUUCUAUCCAGGAAGCAACACAGUGGAGUCUGUCAUUGGGUCAGCGCUGGACCUCAAGUUUAGUGAUAUCAAUGUUGCCUCUCUUGAAAAAGAACUAGAGGACCAAGAGGGCGGUUUAGGACUGACAAGUCACAGGGUGCUUGGUGGAUCUGCUCCUGUCAACAUUCCAGGGUCUCUGGCGCGUUCGUCCUCGUUUAACUCCUCAUCAUCACUUUCCACCUCCCCACUAAGCUCCCUGUCCCAGUCGCUGUCACAGUCUCUGCUUUCUGGGACCAUUUCCCAGCCAAAUCAGCCUUCAAACAUGCUGGCCAAACAAGAACAUGGCUUACUGGGAACACCCACCUCUUCUUCCCAGAACUCUCUGGGCUUAAAUGGAGGAGCUAGCAACAUUUGGGACUUUGUAAGUGGCAGCUUCUCACCAAGUCCGUCCCCAGUUUUUAGCACCCUAACCUCCACUACCAGCAGUGCGGAUGUGGCACGUCUUUUUAGAGAGCUGGACGAAGCCAAGAGGAAGAUCAAGCAAUGGGAGGAGGCCUGGCAUCAAGUCAAACAAGCUUGUGAAGCUUGUCAGAAGGAUGCUCUUGAAGCAAAGGAACAAGCGAAGACCGCUGAGGCGGAGCGGCAGCUGGCAGAGCAGAAAUGGGAAGAAACGGAGCGCAAGCUGAAGGAGCUCAAGGGGAACUUUGAUAUGCUUUGUCGCACCCCCGGAACACCUCUUCUCCGUAGCUAUGGAGAGCUGGAGCAGCUCCCCUUGUCAAAGCUUCACUCUAUCCAGAGUCAGCUACGUAAUGACCUAGACCUUAUAGAUGGGGUAAUAUUUCAGCUUCAGUCAAAGAAAUGUAUAGUUUGCCAAAAGCAUGAUCGUUGCGUUGUUCUGCAACCUUGCCAACAUUAUGUAUUAUGCGAGACCUGUGCGCCUAGUAAAACAGAAUGCCCUUAUUGUAGAACAAAAAUAUUAAAGUGGUGAUGUACAGUAACUCAAGGUACUAUUUAAAGACUUAGCCCUUUGGAAAAGUACUAAUAGAUAAUGCAUUUUCUAAACAACAAAUUUCUUGUAGUGGUUAAAAUAUAUUCAAAUAAAAUGAUGUUUGACUGACAAAACUGAUAGUAUUAUAACUAAGGUUACAUAUAUGGAAUUCAUUUGUUUUUGCUCACGUUAUGUACAUGUUACAUUAGUUCCCCGCCCAUCACUCAUGUCUACUAUCACAACUCAGACACUUAAGUAAAAAUAUCUGUUCUGUAGAUGCAGACAUCAUGCUUACAUUUUGGCUAAGUUCAAAUUAUGAUGAUUCUUUAAAAAAAAAAACAUAAGUACAAUUGUGAUUCACAAACCUGACCUGAGGUUAACCCAGUUUAACCAGUAAACACGGUGAGGUCUUCUCGCUCAAAUCUGUGUGGGUUUGUGUUAAUGGGAUUUGGUUUUUACUGUUUACUGGCAGCAUUCUGAAAUCUGGAAGAACUUGAAGUUGCCUCGAUAUAUAUUUGAAGGGGUUGUAACUGUAGUUUUUCAGUGGAUAUUUUAGAAACCAGUAUGAAGCUAAUGUCGGUGUUUAUUUACUUUGAUGCAUUGUUAUAAUCAGAAUUAGCUCAACAAAUAACUAGUAAAUGGCAGCCUCAACAUACAUGGUAACUUGGGGUUUUAACAUAAAAUGGGCAAAACGCAAAUGUGUCUUUAAGAGAAAUGCGUGUAAAUAAAAAAAAAAAAUACAUUUUGCUUAAUUAGUCCUGUAUUUAAAAUUUCACGGAACAUCUGAAGUUUAAGCCCUGAAAUUGAAUUAACUCGUUAUAAAUACACAGAUGAUCCUCAAACAGUGACAUGUAUUUGAUUUGAACGAAUUAAAAAAAAUUAUUAAAGUAUUCUGCACUAGUAAAAGAAACACAUUUAUUAGUACUGUUUGAAUAAGGAGUGCAACAGAUUAAAAUUGUUCAUGUGCAAAUAAAAUCAAUUUGAAAAUCAAUAACUAUUUAACCAUUUUUUUAUAUGCAACCAGUCAAACAUCAUUAUUUUGACCAAGUUUCUAAAGAAGUUUGAUUUCCUAUUAAGAGCACUUUGUUAACCUGGGACUUUACUAAUGGGUAUGUAGUAAUUUGCUUAAGCGGUUUUGUAGGUAUUCUAUUGUCUUGUUUUAGAUUUAUACUUUUGUUGUUUUUUUUGUUUGUUUGUUUUUUUACAUAAGCUAAUGUCUGAAGCUUCUGUGUGUACUGUGAAACAUUUGAAUAUUUCUUGUUUCAUAUUGUUAAAUCACAGCAUGGUUCUGCAUAUUAAAAUUUCAUAGAAAAGUACUUAAAUAGUUUCUACUGUAGUUAGAUUUAUAAAAUUUUAAUCAAUUAAGUGCAAAUUAAAACUGCAUUGUAGGCAUAACCAGCAGCUGUAAUAUCAGUAAGGCACAUGCUACAUGUUAAAGGCUGUUUUUCAAUCAGUACAUUUUGUUAUGUAGAAAUUAAAAAAAACAACUAUUCAUUAGAGAAGCAUGUAAUGUAUUUGGUAUAAGCCUAAAGUGGUGAUUUUUUUCUUUCUUUUUCUUUUUGUAGGAAUCUAGCCUCUUGACUUUGUCUAGAACAUAUCGGCCUCUGACUCUAAAGUGCCUUGCCUUAGUUUUAAAGGUUAUGUAUAGAAUUGUCAAAAAAAAAACAAAAAAAAAAACACACAAGUAGUCGAAGUUUGUGCACAGGUUUCUGCGUGUUUAACUUUGCAACAGUAUUGACAUGUUUAUGACUACAUGUGUAUGAGUAUAUUCCAAUAUUUCAGGCCAAAUUCCAGUAAGUAUUUCUGCAGAUUAAAAAAAGAACAUUUCGAACUUAAACUGUCAGUGCCUGUGUCCUGACUUCACCCUUAAAAAAAAUAUAAAAAAUAAUAAUAAAACCUUCAUACUCUCCUCCAACUUAACCAGCCAGCAGCUCAUUCCUUGGUUGUGGUGCUCUUUUGGUGCAGCUUAACUAUUUGGAAUUAGGUAUUACGAUUUUUACAUUUGGGAGUAUGCAAGUUUAGGACGUAUGAAAUUUGUAGAGAAACUUGCAAAAUGCUUUUUUUUUUUUUUAGCAGUUUAGUUACUUAUUUUUCCUGAAAGAUUUCUGCAGUAAAUGAAAAAUUUUGAGCAUGAGGCGGAUUUUGCAUAGGACUUGUGCUUGAGUUUCUCUAUCUGAAAUGACCUUCUACUGUGUAAAAAGAAAAACUUUUUAUUCUUGCUUUAAAACAGUAGAAAAUCAUGUAUCUCGAAGUACACUUUUUGCUACUUAUGAAUAUGGGAUAACGCAUUGUUUACAUUCUCACAAAUGACAAUUAAGCAACUCAGAGGAAAAAUAUUAUAAACUUUAUUGCAUUUUUAUGACCAUAUUACAGCAUAUAAUGCAGGCUUAACUCUUCUGGUAUUGCAUGUUAUGCGAUCUAGCUACCACUUACAAAAGAAAGUACUAAACAUGUCUGCACUGUGUCACACUGCCAGGUUAUUUGUAUUCACUUAUAAUAAAGUAAGUAAGGCUUAAUUACUUCUGCAAGCUUCGCUGCUAUUGGAAAAGGUAUUAAUGUAGUUUCUUCUUAUACAUUUAGAUGUUUGAAUGUUGUACCUCCACUCAGAUUUUAUUACCUAUAAAAAAAUCUCUUAUGCAUCUUAAUUUUUUUUUUUUGAUUGACUUCGUUUGUAAAUCCAUUCGAGAAAACAUUCUCAGUACUUUUGUAAGUCACUUAAAAUGAUGUCAUUGACUUGUACUACUAUAGAUUGUGUUUUCUUUUUAUAUUAAUUGAUGAAAUUCUAUCAUAUUUUUGUUGGCUUUGUUAUCUUCUGUAUACUGCAUAGGGGUGUACAGUGCAGCUAAUUCACAGAGUCCUUUGGUCUGUUUUGUUUUGUCUGUGGAGCCAACGAUGCUAAAGAUGUCUUGUGUGAAAAUGUCAAAAUGAACCAAAGUGGUGUGCAAAUAGCGUGCACUGUAGAGGGAAAAAUCAACCCUUGAACAGAAUUGAAAUAAUGCUCUAGCCUUGGCCAGAUAAGCUGUUUUUUUGUUUUUUUUUAUGGUAGUUGAAAGCACAAAGGAUAUUUGUAAGAAGGACCAACAUUUAAGAGCAGCUGAAAUUCUGUUUUUGGAUGGAUUUUUGCUUUAAUGUUUAUUCAGUAGGAUGUAAAUUAUCUUGGAGUCAGUAACUCAUUUUGCUUAGGCGUCUAAUGGACUUUUCAGUUUUACCAAAGACUUGCAUUGAUUUUCUUUUUUUCUCUCUCUCUCUCCACUACUCUUAAUUGUUUUAACUUCUACUAGAAGUCUAAAUUUGUUGAAUAAAAGAGGUACAUCACCUAGAACCUUAAUAGAUGAAAUCCUUUGGUUUCCUACCUAAAUUUACUUACAAGUUUAUGCACACAUGUUCAAAACUGCAUGAGUCCAAUCCUCACAAAAUGUUUGUUUGAUGCCAGAUUUUUCUCUGCUGGCUGACUUUAAGUGCAAAUUCAGUGUCAGUUUAAUUGUUGUCUGCAGUGAAGAAAAUGUUUUGGUAAAUUGAUCUUUGUGCUUCUGAAGUGGCCAUAUAAACUUCACUACAGUACUGUGUUAAAAAAAAAAUCUCGUUUGACUUUGCUUUAUCUAAAUAGUUAUUGAAUUAGUGGGCUUGCACUUUGAUUGUUAUAGCAGGCCUACAAUGACUGUAAGGUGCUUUCUGUGUUAAUCUAUAUAUUUUUUGUUUAUUUGUUGAAGUGAUGGUCAAAUUUUUUUUUUUUUUUUUUUUUUUUCCCAGGACAGACAAUGAUUGUGAAGCAUCGAUGACAGAUACAGACAAAAGUUUAACUGAUUUGCUGUGGGUGUCUUAAGUCUAUCAAGAAAUCCACUUGGCCUGCUUCU